AUGUCGGAGAAGCGAAAUAUACGAGAUCACAAACGUAGAUUGCUCGCGGCUAAAUAUGAAUUGAGACGAAAGCUUUAUAAAGCCUUUUGUUUUUGUAAAGAUCCCGAUCUUCCGCGGGACAAACAUCGUUAUAAGUUGUCCAAGUUGCCAAGAAAUAGUUCCUUUGCACGAGUAAGAAACCGAUGUAUUUCCACGGGUCGCCCCCGUUCCGUAUAUAAGUUCUUUAGAAUUUCUCGUAUCGUUUUUCGCAUCUCGAGGUCCGGCAUAAAGAAAUCGUCUUGGUAG